UCCUUCUUUUGACAGAGCCCGUCAACGUGACUCGACCUUUUCCGGUUAAUUCACUGAACAUGGCAGUCGGUAAAAAUAAAGGUCUCUCCAAAGGUGGUAAAAAAGGCGGCAAGAAGAAGGUGAUUGAUCCCUUCUCGCGCAAGGAUUGGUACGAUGUGAAGGCCCCGAACAUGUUCCAGACCCGCCAAAUUGGCAAAACUCUGGUUAACCGCACCCAGGGCCAGCGAAUCGCUUCCGAUUAUUUGAAGGGUCGGGUUUUUGAGGUUUCUUUAGCCGACUUGCAAAAAGACAUUGACCCCGAGCGCUCUUUCCGUAAAUUCCGCCUUAUUGCUGAGGAUGUCCAGGACCGCAACGUGCUCUGCAAUUUCCAUGGAAUGGAUUUGACCACUGAUAAGUACAGGUCGAUGGUGAAGAAAUGGCAAACUCUCAUUGAGGCCAUCGUGGAGGCUAAGACAGUUGACGGUUAUUUGUUGCGCGUGUUCUGCAUUGGAUUCACCGCCAAGGAUCAACAGUCGCAGCGUAAAACUUGUUACGCACAACAAUCACAAGUGCGAAAAAUUCGUGCCCGCAUGACUGACAUUAUUAACAACGAAGUCAGUGGCGCCGACUUGAAGCAGUUGGUCAACAAACUGGCUCUGGACUCGAUUGCCAAGGACAUUGAAAAAAGCUGCCAGCGCAUUUAUCCAUUGCACGACGUCUACAUCCGCAAGGUUAAGGUUCUGAAGAAGCCCCGCUUUGACAUCUCCAAAUUGCUAGAACUCCACGGCGAUGGCGGCGGCAAGACUUCCGAGGCUGUUGUGUCUGCUGAAGGCGCCGUUGUAGAUCGUCCUGAGGGAUAUGAGCCACCAGUACAAGAGGCCGUUUAAGCAGGUCUUGAGUCUUGGAAAUAAGUUUCGAGAUGUGAAUUAUAAUUUGUAUUGCAUUCGAAAAGCAAGUCCCAUAAUACAUUAUUCUACAAAUGGCAGAAACAGAAAA